CAUUGGGAUCUGUAGCUCCAAAGGAAGCCAAAGAUGACGCUUCUGGCAUCUGAACAAUCAAUGCUGAUUCGAAGAAGGUUCCGCUCCGUGCUCCAGAUGCGAAUGCAGCAUCGGCGCUCCCAAGAACAGCUCUCCGAACGACACUUAAUUCCAGCACUCAACAAACCCCUUCCAACUUUCUCGCAGCCCAGUGGAACACAGGGGCAGACCAGGGCCACUGAGGCUGCCAAGCUCAAGGUCUCACCCCGGCCUCACAAGACCAGCUCUGCUAAGGGCCAGCUGGCUGAAGUGUCUCAAGGGGACCGUUCCGAGUUGCAGGAAAAGAAGGCUCGCUUGGCCGAAGACUUGAGCGAGAAGAUCUUGCACCGCCCUGGGCCACUUGAGUUGGUGAAGAAAAAUAUUCUCCCCCUGGAUCCUAGUAUCAAAGAUGUUGUGGCAGACGCAGCCCAUGGUGGAGCCCCUGAUUCCUUCAACUUUGAGGAAGAUCUUAGUAGUUCCUCUUCCUCCUCCUCCCCAUGUUUUGCAUUGUCCCCAGGAAGUGGCCAAGGAAAUCCUUCCACUUCAGAGGCAGUCUUUCAACUGGAAAUGCCCCCAGUCCUGGCUGAUCAACAGCCUGCUGUCACUUCAUCUACCUCUGAGGCCGAGUUCUCUCUCCAAGGGGGAAACCUGCUUCUCAAGCCCUCAAUUUCGCUCCCCAAGGUCCUGCACAAAGUUCCUGAGGCCAGAAAAGCCCCUCGGCCCAAAAAGGCCAAGGAGCCACGCCCCAAAGUGAAGAAGCUCAAAUACCACCAGUACAUGCCCCCCGAUCAGAAGGGGGAGCAGGCUCCUUUGCCCAUGGACGCCGCCUACGCUCAUCUCCUGCAGCAACAGCAAGUCUUCCUGCAGCUCCAGAUCUUGAAUCAGCAGCAACAGCCCAUGCCCACGUCCCCAGCAACCUUCUGCGUUCAAGCUCUUCACGCAGUCCCUGCCAGCAAUGCUCCAGAGCAGCUUUUGAAUUUCCCUGGGACGCCAGGUCCCACAAGUGGGCCUCCAACGCUCCCUCUUCCUUCUCCAGCCACCCCAAUCUCCCCUUUGCCCCCGAAACCAGAACUGUUACCUGCCAACUUAGAAGAGCUCACGGUCUCCGAACUCCGCCAGCAGCUCCGUAAGCGGGGCCUCCCUGUCUCAGGCACCAAGCCAGCCCUGCUGGAGCGUCUCAAGCCUUACCAGGUGGCCCGGGUGAAGCCCCCACCUGCUCCCCUCCCCAGUGCCCGCUUAGCACCCUCUGAGUUGGAAGAAGAGCCCCAGGCCCUGCAGGAGAAGCAACGCGUUGUGGAGAAUCUGGCAUUAAAGCUUCAUCGAGAGCUGAAGCACCACGACAGCGACCUGCAUGAGGAGCUGGAGGUGCACAAGCAGAUCAAGAAUCGCCGCAAGGGAGCGCUGCAGGCCCCUGGCCAGCAGGAGGCCCCGCCCCCUCCUUACCUCCCCAAGAGAGAGUGCGCCAAGGAAGGAGGGGGCACAGAAGAUGGGUUCAUGGUUUUAUGCCCUCCAUCGUGUGAGCCAAUCCAUUCUGAUAUGGAGCUGCCCCUUGAGAUUACAGCCAGCCCUCCUGACCCAGCCCCAGCGACCCGGUCCCUUGAGGAAGAACUCCAAGAGGCUAUUCAAAAGGCUCAGCUGGUACCAAGCCAAUCCAUUGAAGAGAUUUUAGAGGAACCACUGAUGUGUACGGGUGACAUUCUUCAAGCACCUGCCUUGACCCCGGAAGUCCCUGAUCAAGUUGCCUUGUCCCCAUUAGUCCACCAAGAAGCAUCACCACCAAAGAAAUCCUGCUGCAACAGUGAGCCAUCUUUAGUGUCUUCUGCCAUCUUUGAUUUUCCUGGACCCUAUGAUUUCCUUUCAACAGCCUCCUCUUCAUCUGCAUCACUGGAUUCGCUGUCCUCUGUUUUCUCCCCUGACUCUCUGGAGAUGCCGCCAUCUCCUCCAGAUGCCUGGCAAGGGAGUGGGACCCGUGCUGGAUUUGAUCCUGUUGAUUGGCUAGAAGCCUUGACCUCAGGUUCAGCAUCAGGUCUCGGCUCUGCCAGUCCUGUUGGUAACAGUAUCUUCUGCACAGACCUUUUUGAUUCUUCUGACCUGGGUGUCAACCACAUGAUAGACCUCAUGGUGGAGCAGUGGUAGUAAGGGCACUAAUAGCAAUCUGCGAAUCCUCUUUUUAUCCUAAAAGGUCAUCGUGGCACUAGAAUCCAGCUUGAUUGGGCAAGAAUGUCUUUCUUUGAGUUGCUAACAUCAAGCUUCAUCGUGUAUGGUCUUGUUUCUGUUAAUGACAUGUCCAACUGCUCCCUUGGAAGAAUGAAGUCACUGUUGCCUGGAUUGUGUCAAUGUAUGCAUCAUCUUGGAUGGUCAGACAUGCCAGAAACUCUGGUGUUCACCUUGAACAGGUAAAACCAAUGUUUGGAAGAUCAACCAAUCAAUCACUUCAGAUUCAUAAAAUUAUGGCUUAAGACAUUACUACUUCACCUUACGGUGAA